AUGGCUUCAGCAAUUAACAAUACAACUUCAAUAAUCAUACCUCUUAAGGUUGUAGUUAUUGGAGAUAGAAAUACAGGUAACAUUUUCGAGACUUUAAUAUUAUAAUACAUUAUAAUAGGUAUUUCCUCUUUUUUGAAAUCUCUACAGAACAAUAAGGAAAAUGAUACCUUCAGAGAAGAUCUUAAAAAUCAUCAAUAGCAGUAGAAUAUAUCAGAUGAAUUUUAUGAAAUCUUUGUUCGUGAUUUUAAGAACAAUGUUCAGAUCGUGUUCCAAUUUACAUCAGAUGAGUCAUACUUGAAUCAAGCUGUUUGCUGCAUACUUUUUUAUGAUAUAACAAACGCUUUAACUUUUUUAAAGAUCAAAGAAAGCAUGCUUGACUUAGCUUAAGCACAAAUGAUGCCCUAGAAUUCAUUUUUGUACUUGGUUGGCAAUAAACUUGAUCUGGAUUAGCAAUCAUCUGCUUCCAUACUUAUGAUAGAGGGCGCUAGGGAAGUAUAAUUUGAAGAAGCUUAGGAAUUUGCCUAGAUUAAGGGAAUACUAUUUAAUGAAGUUAGUAGUUUAAAGAGAAAAAAUAUAGAAUUAGUUUUGAAAAUGCUUAGGACUCGAACAGCCCGACUUCUGUCUGAUUGUAAAGAUCUUCAUAUAAUUCUUGAAAAUAACUCUAUCAAGAAAUAGCAAAUUUAAUAACAGUAGGAGAUUUAUAAGAAUAAGAAUCAUGAAAACAAGAACACAUUGAGCUAAAAUGAUUUAGUGAUUCACCAAAUAGAAGAGAACAUGUACGGCCAAAAUGAAGAUGAAUAGGAUGAUUAUGAUUAGUUUGAAUACAGAAUUAUAAGUAGGGAUGAGAAAUAGAAAUCUGGGUAGCAGAGCUCAAAUCUGAAUACUCAAUAAUUCGCAAGCUAAAUUAAGCAGCUUGAUACUGCUCAGGAGUUGAAUAACAAGGAAAUGAGUUUAUCUUUGAAUGACAUUAAUUAAAACAUGCUAAUGAAUCAUGAUUUUAAUCGGAAAAGCGAUCUUGAUGGUAUAAAUAUUGGAUACGGCAUGGAUGAGACAGACAUCAUUGAGGAUGAUAAACUUUUGAAAUCACUUGAAAAGAGAUUUAGAAAUUAUGAUGAAAAAAAUAAUCAAAACUUUAUAGAGUCAUAGCAAAAUGAGUUUAAUAAAUUUGCUAUCCGAACUGAUCAGAGUCCCACUUUAUACAAAGAAGAUGAGAGUAGUGAAUAGAAUGCACCAGGCUAAACACCGUAGUUUUAACUACCAGCAAGAUUUCAGAACUAGUAAUAAAAUAACAAAAAUGGGCCUUCAAUUCUAGAUGAGUUAUAAAAUGCAAUGAAGAAGUAUUCUGAUAAUAAGAUGGUUGAAGAUAGUUUUUAAGAAGAUAGAUUGAUCCCUUAUUAGAUAUCUAAAAACAAGAAAUCGAAUAACCAACCAGAAAACAAUAUGAAAAUUGAUUAAAAAACAGUUAAGGUAAAGGACAAUGAGUUUAUUAAGAAUCUUGAUAAUGACAUAAAGAGAACUGAGGAAAGCCUUAAAGAAAUGAAUGAUAGAUUUGAAAAAAUCAAGUUUUAAUAACAUAAUUCUUAAUCUCCAUUGAGAAAAAGCAUGAAUGCAAUCAGCCCAAUUAAGAAGACUGGAACAAAUGGCUUUAUGAAUGGCAAUGAUAUUGUGAGAAGCUCAUCUUCAAAUGAUGUAGUUCCCAUAUUUGAAGCGAGUCUCUUCAAAUCUUUCGAUCAAAGGAUUGCAGGAUGUGUAAAUCCUCAGAAUAAAAAUACUACACGAUAGAAUUAAAAUACAAUGGCCAAUCAAAGUUAAAUAUUGAAUUAUAAAUCAAGAAACUCAAAUUAGACUGGGCUACUAACAGAUAGACCAACUGCAAAGCCAUCAGCUUCAUUCAUUGUAGAUCAUAAAGAGAAGCCAUUGAUUACUUUAAGAAUAAAGCUCAGUAAUGUUCACACUGUAAGUGCUAACAUAUAUAAAGAUGAUACUGCUCAGACUGUUGCAGAUAGAGUUUUCAGGCAUGCUAACAUUAAAACUAAUACCUAGUCAAAAGAUAAGAGGAAAAUACUAGCAUAGAUAAUUGAAUUGCAAGUAAACCAAUAUAUAAACUCAUUCAAAGAUUAAAUUGACAAGGAGACCAAAGAACUGAAAAAGCAGUAAAAAUAACUUCAAUAAAUAGAGAGAGAGAAGAGGCUAUAAGAAGCAGCUUCAAAGUCAAUUUAAUAAAUGAACACAGCAAAAAGGUAUCAUGUUAAGGAAGAGAAGAAGCAGAAAGUUAUAUGUAAAUUAUCAGUUAUAGUUGGUGCUUCGAAGAAGGGUGAUAUUGUUGCUAGGGAAGGUGAUAACGUUUAACUCUUGGUAAAAAAUUUCAUGCAGUCGUAUGGUCUUAAGAGAGACUUAAUGCCAACUAUUAUUCAGAGUUUGGAAUCCCUUAUAAAGUCUAAUGAACAAAAGAAAUAAAACUAGAAUAACUAAAUUGAAGCAAAUGGAAAUUUUAUAGAUUAAUCAAUGUCUAUAGAUGAAAAUGAAUUGAGAUUGAACGACGAAAACCAUCCUCUUAAUAACUCUUUUUAGCCUCUAAACUAAUCACCUGAAGAAAAUGUUUUUGGAAAUCCCUUUGCAGAUCGAAAGAAUCAUCUCCUAUAGCAGAGUAGUGCUAUGAGCACGAUAAGCAAAACUAAGAAUGGUCAAGGUCACUUACUAUUUAGGUUGAAUUUCGAGAUUGGAGAGGGUAGAUUAGGGAAAAUUAGUGUGAGAGAGGGAGAUGAUUUUAGUUAAUUGGCAAAAUAGUUCGUUCAAAAGCAUAACCUAGGAGAUGAAGCAGUCAGAAAAGUCUUAUUCUUAAUUGAGCAGACUUACAACAACAAUAUGAAAUAAAAUAUUUGA